AUGGUCUUCACAUUGUGCAACUACCCCACCCUUCUAAUGGCAGACUCUCCUAUAGAGGACUACCCAUUGGAUGUUCAACAGGAACACAUGGUAUUUAUGGCGCUUGUUGAUUCUUAUCCUGGUCUCUUGGAUCAUCUGAUGAAUGGAGAGGAAGAAGAUCUUAUUCAGGUAGGAGAAUUGCUGGGUAAAGGGGCCUCUGGACAAGCAGUCAUUCCCCCUCUUGCCCAAAACAUUAAGUCUGACCAGGGAUUUGAUUAUGAAGUUACCGGUGUGUUGCUUUGCCCUGCAGGUCUUGAUUGGUCAGAUGCACAAACCAAGGAAAGUCUCAAGACUGGUGAAACUGCAGUUCAUGGUGACCAAUGGCCUAUGUUCUUAUAUGCAGGCUGUAUUUAUGAUCCUGAAGAUCCAUGGAAGGGUUUGUUGAGGAGUGAGAUUCUCAUUUUUGGUUUCAAACAUGUCUUCACAUCUCCAAGCUCAGUUGAUAAGGAGCCCAAGGCAACGCACUCCAGCAACACAUACCUCCACAGUAUGAAGUCCGUAACUAAAGGAUGUUUAGCCUAUAUUGCCACACAGGUUCAGUUUUCAUUGAGUGAGGAAGUAGGUGACCUGAUGAUGUGGUGGACUCAGUUUGUCAUACAUCUUAUAAAACUCAAACUCCAAUCUAACACCUUGUACAGUCAUGUUUUUCCUAAUUCUUUGUCAUCACAAUGCAGUGUCAGCAAAAACAGCACGCUCUUAAAGAUUUGA